UUGAUGAAGACUUGCCAUUGUUCUUUUAGGAUUUAAUGACUUAAUUGGUUUGGCACCAGUAGGGAAGAGGGAAAUACCCUAAUAAAAAUAUAAUGUCUGUAGUAACCAAGUUUCUUCUUACAAUUCUCAUAUUCAUGUACCUCUCAGAAACCCCAUUAGCAGAACAAAGACAUCAGUGUGUUCCUUCUAGUUGUGGGCAUAUUCAUAACAUCAGUUAUCCCUUUCGAUUGAAAAGUGAUCCAAAGCACUGUGGCCUUGAAAAUUAUGAAUUGAGCUGUGAAGGAGAUCGCGCCAUAAUCACAAUACCGACAUAUCAUGAUUGGUAUGGAUCACUGAACUACUAUGUUCAAGCCAUCAAUUACGACAACUCCACCAUCCGCCUUACAGAUGCUGGUAUAAGAGAACAAGUUAUUUGCUCUCUUCCUCAGAAUUCGAUUUCAGUUUACACUUCCCUUUUUAUUUUGUUUCUUUUAUAGAAUUAAUGCCUGGUUUUGUUAAGUUAACAGUACCAAUCACUCUCUUCAGCUGUCCAUUUGCCAUAAAUUCUCCAGUCUUUGUGGAAAUCACUAAUUGUCUCAACAGGAGUUAUGCUUCCAAUGUUUCUUCUGAUUCAUUUAAGGGACACACAUAUGCAACCAUGACUAAAUUAUCACCAUCCGAUUUGAAAGUCGGGUGUAGUGUAGACCUCAUGUCAAUGACUUCAUGGCCUAUUCAGGAUGCAUAUGCCAACAUUUCUAUUUUAAGUUUGCAUAAUGCUUUGGCAUAUGGAUUUGAGCUUUCAUGGUUUCCUAACAUUCAUUGUGGCAAGUGCGCCAACUCAAUGAUAUGUGAAGGGAAAAAUUCAAGUGAUGUUCAUUGUUUGGAUUACAGCUGCAAAACUUACAAUUUUAGAUUCUUCAAAUCGUCGUGUGCUUACUAUUCCCACGUUCUUGAUACAAUCAUCCCAUGGAUACUUCCCAUAGCUGGGCUUAGCAUUGUGCCAAGAAUCGUUCUAUUUCCAUGCAUAGUUGUAUUUCUAAUGAUUAAGUUACGAAGAAGGCAUUUGUCGAUUUAUGAUGCAAUUGAAAGUUUCCUGCACGGUGAGAACAAUUUCGCGCCCAUUAGAUAUUCCAACUCCAACAUAAGAAAGAUGACUAGGAACUUUAAAGAGAAACCCCAUUAGCAGAACAAAGAAAUC